UUGUGUCUUGAUUUGGUAUUCAUAAUUGUAGCAUUGACAUUCUAGUACAACGUUUCACUAAAAAUUUCUCACAACUAUGGAAAAAAUGGAAAUAGACGAAGGUGAAACUGAAUUUCGAGUGCCCAGCGCCAUGGAGGAAACACCAGCAAUCACAGUUCCAGAAGAAGACUGCGAAAUGGCAGAGCCGGCUAUCUACGAUUAUAUGAAAUAUCCGACAAAGAAGAACAAGUUUGUGGCUAAAGUCAGCUUUAAGGAUGUCGUCGAAAUGGUGACAAUCGCCACAAACGGCAAUGUUAACGUCAAGCAGGUUGCUCUGCUCACCGAAGAGGAGCAGUCCACAAAUAUCAUGAAGUAUCGCAAAAUGUAGCCGAAGAGGAGUAGUACGAAAUUCGCCUGUCAUCAUAUACCUGGAUUCUGUUUCUACUACUUAAAGAUCAGAUAACUGACUAAAAGACUGCUGUUUAAUUCAUUAAAUUUUAGUGAAUAUAAUUUACUUUUUCUGUGCACUCUCCCCUAAAGCACUGCACCGCAA